GUGUCAUCAACCUGUUCGGUGAUCAGUACCUACGCCGUCCAAACAUCGCAGAUAUGGAAAGAUUGCUACGUAUUGGGGAAGAACGUGGAUUUCCUGGCAUGAUAGGCAGCAUUGAUUGUAUGCACUGGGAGUGGAAGAACUGUCCACACGCAUGGAAGGGGCAGUAUCAAGGAAGAGAAGGAGUUGCAACUCUCGUACUGGAGGCAGUUGCAGACAGAGAUCUAUGGAUAUGACAUUCGUUCUUUGGGAUGCCAGGUAGCUGCAACGAUAUUAAUGUGCUUCAUCGAUCCCCUGUGUUCGAAGACGUCUUAGAGGGUCGAACACCUCCUGUGAACUUCGUAGUCAAUGGUCAUCAUUAUACGAAUGGGUAUUAUCUUACUGAUGGAAUCUACCCUAGAUGGGCUUCUUUUGUGAAAUCCAUUACGAGUCCACAAACUCGUCAGGAUCGUUUAUUCGCAAAACACCAGGAAGCUGCAAGGAAAGACGUUGAACGCGCAUUUGGGGUCCUUCAAGCUCGUUUUGCCAUUAUUAAAAAGCCGUCUUUGGCGUGGGAUACCGACAUACUCCACAAUAUCAUGCUCGCCUGCAUCAUAAUACAUAAUAUGAUCGUUGAAGAUGAACGAGAGACGUAUCAAAAUAACGUUAAUACCAAUGAGUUUAUGAAUGCUGGAGGCAACGCUAAUGAGGACACUACCGAGUACCGUACUGAUCGUAUUGUGGAUAUCGGCUUAUACUUGUCUCGUAGAACAGAGAUUGAGGAUCAACAGACUCAUUUGCAGCUAAAAAACGACUUGGUCGAACAUAUAUGGAAUAAAUUUGGUAACAACGAAAACUUAGGCAACUAGGUUUACAACAAAUGGUUAUCCCUAAGGACAUCUUACAAAACGAUGUGUAGUUGUUUUUUUUAAAUAAAAUGUACUAGAUUAUAGUUGUAGAACUGUAAUCACGAUUUGUACCUCUUUUUUUUUUUGUUAAUUAAAAUUAGCUGCGUUGUUGUUUAAAAAAUAUUAAU